GCAGGUGUCUGGAGUGAAGGAAACAAAAUGACCUGUUUAGAAUCUUGCUCUGGCAAAAAACACAUCUCUUUACUACAGCGGCGAAAUCAGUGUACCCGAGUACAUCAAUCGUAUGAGAUGCAAUUGGACACUCCAUGCUCGUGAAGGAGAAAAGAUUUUCAUCACAUUUACCAACUUUUCAACAGAAAGUGUUCACGAUGUUGUAACUGUUCCAGACACUUCUAACGCAAGUCAUAUUAUUGGGCGUUAUAGUGGCUCUGACAUUCCACCAGUUGUAGUUUCCUGCGGCACAUCUGUAGCUGUUAGUUUCCAAUCUGACGCAUCGGUCACAAAGGAAGGGUUUACAGCAAAAUUUCAAUCAAAAAGUGGUUUUGCUUCUAAUGGAUAUCCAUUUUCAUAUUUCAACGAAGAAUGGCAGAGUUGGCUAAUGUGUGGCUCUCGGGAUCAUCAACUUUGCAUUCAGUUUACUGAUUUGGCAACUGAGAAUGGACACGAUAACGUGACAGUAGUCAAUCAAAGCGGAAUCAUUGUUCAAUCGUACAGUGGCGAUCAAAUACCAUCUAAAAUUAAAGCAAAAAUAUCUUGUUCUUCUCCUCCUACUGUCUUGAAUGGUUACUUUAACGGCAACAGCCACUACGCAGGAGAUGAGAUCACACUCGUUUGUAAGCCAGGCUAUUACGUUCCCGGAGGCAGAAACAGAUUCAGCUGCUCUUCUGCAGCUGUAAGUUGCGGUCAACCAACAGCAAUACAAAAUGGACAUUUUAUCGGUGUUUCUUUUCAUUUCCUUGACAACGUUACGUAUUCUUGUAACUCUGGUUAUGAGUUACGAGGUUCAAACGUCUCUAGGUGUUUGGCUAAUGGAAUAUGGAGCAGUCUCCCUCCUACUUGCGAAGAUUCUUCUUCAAACCUGAAAAUUUCCCCAGAAGCACAAAAUCUUGUAAAUGCCUUCCAAAAUUCAUUUUAUGAAAAAUAUGCAACUUUCACUGAAGAGGCGAGGUCUCCUUCAGGCUCCGCUUCUAGAUCAGCACGUCCCAUUGACAAUGUGUUAACUCUCGACAUGAUCUUUGCUUUAGAUACAUCAGGAAGUGUAGGUGCCUCGGAAUUUGCUAGAAUCAAAACGUUUGUACAAGAAAUAGCCAAACAAUUUGUCAUGGAUCAACAUUCUACGCACAUGGGAGCUGUAGCAUUUGGUACUAAACUUUACCCCAUUUCUGAGUUGACACACUCCAAGCAAAAUUUUUUCGAAGCAGUACAAAGAUUCGAUUUCAAAGGAGGAGGAACAAACACAACUGCAGCCUUAUUGCAAGCAGUAAAUAUGUUUAGUGUAAGUACAAGAAGUAACGACAGACUAAAACGAGUUCUUAUUGUAAUCACAGACGGCAGGUCAAACUCGAACAAUAGACAACCAGAAUCUGUAGCUCCAGAGUUCGCCCUACUCUCCGUAGAAAAAUUUGUGUUUGGUGUAAGAAAUAUUUACAAACCAGAACUUGAUGCAAUCGCAUCACCUCCUGCUGACACUCACGUCUUUAUUAUGAAGACUUUGAGAUAUUUACACAAUUUGCCGAAGCUGUCCCUCCAAGUAAGAAUAAAUUCUAACACUUUAAAUGAUACAACUACAAACAUUUAUGUGUCUCUACAACGUGUAAACAAUCUUUGUGGAGUAGCUGGAGCACCAGGAUUUUAUUCACGAAUAUUAAAUGGAGACUUUUCUCACUAUCGAGCUUGGCCGUGGCUCGCUUCUAUUUAUGUCCAAAAACCACUUAAUCAAAAUCAUUUUGAACUGAAAUGUGGCGGUAGUCUCAUAAAUAAAAGGUGGGUAGUCAGUGCUGCCCAUUGCCUUUCCGAUUACGAAAACAAUCUCAAUUUAAUUACCGUAAAGCUCGGGGACUUUUUACGCACCAGAGUCGAUCCUUAUGAGCAAACAUUUGCCGUAAAAUCAGUGCAUUUGGGAGGAACUGCAAGUCAGAAGUUCAAUUACCACACAUUAGAUAAUGACAUCGCUCUUAUCGAAUUAAGCGAAGAUGUCAACUCCACCGACUACGUGAGACCAAUUUGCUUGUUGGAAUCAAGACACCGCAAUCCAUUGUCUAUUCUACCCGGUAAAAGCGCCACUAUUGUCGGAUGGGGAUACUUUAAAGAAAACAACAAAACUUUUACUAAUAUUCCACUGGAAGCCACAAUUCAUCUUUUCGACAAUUCCGUAUGCAAUGGUGAAGUUGGUAGCAUAAACGUGACAAAAAAUAUGCUUUGUGCAAGAGGAAAAGACAACGAGGCUUGUCCAGGCGACAGUGGAGGUCCACUGAUGUGUCAGUCCGAGGUUGAUAAUCGUUUCACACUUUGUGGAAUAGUCGGCUUUGGGAAGUAUUCGACUUGUAAGAGCAAUGGCUACGGCGUUUACACAAGGUCUUCAACUAUAUCAACACAAUAUUGGCUAACAUAUAAAUUAUAA